AUGACAACGCAACGAAGCCCCUCCCCUUGCGACAGGGAUGUGGGCUCAGACACCCCCCUGCCCACCACCGCCCUCUCGCCCACCAUCGCCCUCUCGACCAGGACAGCAACAGCGGGCAACACGACAAUGACAGCAGGAGGUACAACGACGACGACGGCAGCAGGCACUCUCACCCUCUGCCUCACCGUCUCUCCUGUCGUCUUGCUCUCAUCCACCCCUCAUUCGUCCCUCGUUCGCCCACCGUCUCGCCCUCUACCCUCUGCCCUCGCCCUCACCCUCACCCUCACCCUCACCUUCACCCUCACCCUCUGCCCUCUCCCUCUCCCUCUUGCCUUUUGCCCUCGCCCUCGCCCUCGCCCUCUUUCGCGCCCCUCUUGCCCCUCUUGCCCCUCUUGCCCACCUUGCCCCUUUCACCUCUUUCGCCCCUCUAGCCCACCUCUCCCACCUCGCCCUUUCACCCACUCCCCACCUCGCCCACCUCGCCCUUUCGCCCUUUCACCCCUUCGCCCUCUCCUUCUGCCCUCUCCCUCUUUCGCCCUCGCCCUCCACUUGUAA